GCUCACACUGAGAUUUAAAGCUGAGCCUAAAGAUUCUGAUAUCGAAAUCCUGGAGGAGUUCAAAAUAUCCAGCCACGUUCAAGGACUCGCGUCCGAAAUACUUGAGACGAAAACUAAGAGAAUUCGAUCUGUGCUCUCGUAGUUCCCUGAAGUAUCUGAAUAAUCCGCCUUCGGCGAUCUCCACAACGAACAACCUUGCUUUCUACAACAAACAAAAAUCUUCCAACUAACUAACUCUAACUAACUUUCUAAAAAACUAAACUGCAAACAGGGAAACGAGAACAGCCAUUUUCAAUUGGCCCGUAGUCCAUAGACUCUUUGACUAGAGUAAAUACCUAAGACAAGAUGGGAGAAGGCGGUUUCGGCAAGGACGGCUUCGGCAAAGGCAAGAAGGGCGGAAAGGGAAAGAAGGGCGGAAAGAAGGGAGGCAAGAAGGGUGCCGAAGAUAAGGAAUGGGCCCCGUGCACCAAGCUCGGACGAUUGGUCAAGGAAGGUAUCCAUAACGUUAGUGUUUGUUACAGCUCCUUAUGAUGAAGUUGGUGUGAUUUAGGUGAGCAGUCGGAAAUCUAAAUCUUGAGUACCUUGCCGCUUGGCUAUAAUAAUCUUUUCAGAAAAGGUACUUUUGUCGAUAUAGCUUCCCAGAAUUCAUGCUUUGUGUGCAACUUCGCAGCACUUGUCAUCCUCAAACGUCCUCUCAGCAACCCUUCGCUCAACUCCAAGCAACUCUCAACUCCAAACUUCAGGCAAGAUCGAAAAGCUUGAGGAUAUCUACCUUCACUCUCUGCCGAUCCGUGAGUACCAGAUCAUCGAUCACUUCUUCGGUGCCCCAGCUGGUCAGCCAGGUGCCCUGAAGGAUGAGGUCGUCAAGAUCCACCCAGUCCAGAAGAUGACCUCCGCUGGUCAGCGCAACCGAUUCGUCUGCUACGCCCUUGUCGGUGACUCCAAUGGUCACAUCGGUUUGGGAAGCAAGGUAAAUCAACGUUACUAUUUUCUUUUGUGUGAGUACUUUUUAGAGGGUUGUUGUGAAGAAAAUAGUAGUGGUUACAAGCCUCUUGGUUUGGCUGUGAUUUGACGCCGAAGUCCGGAACGGCCUCUGAUAUUCUCGAGUUCGCAUCAAAAGUGCGUAUGGCGAAAUUUUUAUCGUUGUCGAUCCCGCAUGGAACUUCUGCUUCUACAAAAGACUCCCGUCAUGCACUAUCAAGUAUCUCUCAUCUUAGCCAAAUUAUCAAAUCUAAAAACCACUCAACAGGUCGGCAAGGAAGUCGCUACCGCUAUCCGUGGAGCCGUCAUUUCCGCCAAGCUCGGUUUGAUCCCGGUCCGCCGUGGUUACUGGGGAAACAAGAUCGGUCUGCCGCACACUGUCCCGAUGAAGGUGACCGGAAAGUGCGGUUCCGUCAUGGUCCGCCUCAUCCCGGCUCCCCGUGGAACCGGAGUCGUCGGUUCCAUUACCUUGAAGAAGUUGAUGAACUUCGUCGGUGUGCAGGACGUCUUCUCCUGCUCCAGCGGCCACACCCGUACCAAGGGCAACUUCAUCAAGGCCACCUUCGAGGCUCUCCGCAACACCUACCGCUUCAUCACUCCGGACUUGUGGGCCCCGACCGCCUUCAAAUUGAACCCGUACCAGGAGUUCUCUGACUUCUUGACCGAUGUCAAGACUGCGGCCUAAGUCACUCUUCUUCUUGCCUGUCGAAUAAGACACGGUGGAGUAGAAUAAACAUCUCACUACUAGAAGCUUUUGGUCAGCAGCCAUGCCAUUGUGCGGAGCCACAGCAUCUACGAGGCGAGCAGAAGUAAUAAAAAGUAGUGAAGACGUUUGACUUCGAACCGGGUUGAGCCGAAGCUGCAGUCGCGGACUGCCGGAUGUGGAUUUUUGGAUCAUGUGAUGAGGAUUUAUCUGAGGUGUGAAAUUCUCUAAACUUCUGAAAGCCGAAUCUUGUCAUCUUGUAGAAAAGAGGAGUAAGGACUACAAAACAAAAUGUGGCUGUGAUUCGCGGGUUUCGCACUUUUGGCUGAUUUGGAGAAGUGUUCACCUUGGAGACAAGAAAACUGCCGCUGUCUCUGUGGCAGAGAGAUGUGAAUGCCCG